GAGAGAGAGAGGCAAUAAAGACUAUGCUAUACCCAAACACAAGCGAGCCAUGAGCAAACCCACCAUCACUCCAACCAGUGAGAGCCGUCUCCGUCACACCGCCGUAACCAAUGCCGUCGCCUCAGUCAACUCUCCGCUAGUCUCUUACUCUCUCCGUGGUGGAAAUGUCUCUUUCACCGGACUACUCCGCUGCCGGUGCUAGCCUAUAUUGCGGCGAAGACGCCGGCGAAGUGGCCUCCUGGGUAGCCGACACGUGGAUCUCCCACUAUCCUCCGACGUCGCUCUCCGCCGAUUCUCCGCCGUACGAUGAGUCCACCGUUUCCUUGCUCAUCGACUCGGAGCCCCACCACGCGCCCCACCCGGACUACCUCAGACGCUGCCGUGACCGCUCGAUCGACAUCACCGCUCGCCAAGACUCCAUCAACUGGAUCUUAAAGGUGCACGCGUACUAUCGCUUCAGACCAGUAACGGCGUUGCUCUCGGUGAACUACUUGGACCGUUUUCUCUCCUCGCAUUCUCUGCUGCUACCAAAUGGGUGGCCGUUUCAGCUGCUAUCGGUGGCGUGCUUGUCUUUGGCGGCGAAAAUGGAGGAGCCCCAGGUCCCACUGCUUCUGGACCUCCAAGUAUCCGACCCGGAAUUCGUGUUCGCCCCGAGUACAGUCCAGCGAAUGGAGCUCUCGGUCAUGACCAUUCUCAAUUGGAGAUUACGCUCCGUCACGCCCUUCGAUUUCCUCGAUUAUUUCAUCUCCAAGCUCCCAUCUUCUUCUUCUACUCCUUCACCGGAGCUCUUCAACCGGGUCUUCUACGCUUCUUCGGAUCUCAUUCUCAGCACCACCCGUGCGAUCGAUUUCUUGGGUUUCGCGCCAUCGACAGUAGCGGCAGCGGCCGUGCUUUGUGCCACUGCUGAAGGUUCUGAUUCGCCGGUGGUCGAUAGCAAAAUGCCAGUGGUUUUCCACGAGAGAGUAAACAAAGAAAUGGUGAGAAGCUGUCUCCAACUAAUGCAGGAGUAUCUGAUCGACACGUGUCCCGCCGCCGUCCAUAAAGACCAGAGAAUCGAGCCGGCGCCGCCUCCCAGCCCCAUAGGCGUGCUCGACGCCGCUGCCUGUGGGAGCUGCGACACGCGUUCCGAGAACCCCGGCUCCACUGGCUUAGCCGAAGCCGAGCCGCCCUUCAAGCGGCUACGAUCCUCUGCCCCGGAUGUACAGCAGCGGUAGAUAAGUCCCCCUAUCCAGCCGUAUUUCUCUCUCUUUUCACUCCUUUUGUCAGAGAAAGAGAGGUCUCUUUUUUUUUUUUUUUUUUUUUUUAAUUUAAUCGUCAUUAAAGUUCUCUUUUUUUUUUGUCGUUUCUAUUAUAAGAGAUGGACGGUCAGGAUUGCAGGGAGGUUGUUUUAGCCAGGGAAGAGGGAUUUUUCUAAAUUUUUAUUUCAUAUUUAUUUAUCGAUCAUAUAUUAUAAAAAUACAUGAAUUGAGGAGGAAGUCCAGGCUGGGGGCAUUUUGCUACUUUGUUAUGGGCAUUUUGGUCAAUGAAAAAAAGAUGUACGCACA